AUGGUCAACGAUGGCUUGCCCCGUCGGCCUCGUGGCCGGGGCACGCCUCAGCUGUACAGCCUCAGAUUCCUGCUCCCGUUGCUCCUCUUGCUCGUGGGUGGCUUUGAUCUCCUCGCCCAUGCCGAUGAUCCGAGCCUUGCGCCCCCAAUCAUCCCACCGGAGGGCCAGCCUGAAACGCCCGAGCUGAAGUACCAGCCUGGAGCCCAAGCAGUCUCGGAUGACGUACCAUCGUCCAGUGUCAAACCUCUCAGCACCAAUCAUCCCCAAGCAUCAGUGCCGGAGAAUGCACCUCCUAGUAGUGCAGCUUCUCCAUCUCCCCCACCAACCGUCCCCAAGCCCCGUGCGCCGGGCAUGUGGGAUGAGCCAACACCAGCCCUUCGCCCACCGCUGCGCCAUUACAAAGUUGGCCUCUGCAUCUCCAUCCCACCCCGUGCGGUCUCUAUGUAUACCAAUGGUGCGCGGCAAGCCGCGUUCUUUUUGCACCAGCUUUUGGCCCAGGAGGGCCGGCAUCAAGUCUAUCUCAUCAACCUGGAUCAGGGUGAAGCCAAGAACAUGUCAGCCGAUUGGCAGCUCGACGGCAUGCGCGUGGUUCGCCUUGAAGAAGCGCUGGAUUUGAAGCUCGAUGUUGUCAUUGAAAUUGGCAUGCAGAUGCGCCAGGAUCAAGUGGAUGACCUCAAACGAUCUGGAGCCAAGGUGACCGCAUACCGUAGCGGAUACAAUUAUAUCAUGAAUGUCGAGGCCAUCUUGUACAACAAGUCAAAGACUACAAUGUUUGAGACGCGCCACUACGAUCAAGUUUGGACCCUGCCAUCCUUUCUCAAUUCGGAGGGCUGGCUCGGGACCAUCUACGAGUCACCAGUCUCUGCUGCACCCUAUCUGUGGUCACCACGCUAUUUUGACUACAUUGUCGAGGCCUUGUCGAGUCGCCAUUACUAUGAACCGCGGGCUAAUAAGACGAUUGCCGUUUUUGAACCCAACCUGAACGUGGUCAAGACGUCGGUGCUUCCAAUGACGGCGAUCGAAUUGUUGUACCGGGAGGCACCAGACAGCUUCAGCAAGGCCUAUGUGACCAACAGCGAUCAUUUGGCCAAAAAGGACGCCUUCAAGGCGUUUGUGCAGCGCAGUUUGAGCGCUUACGUGGCAGGCAAAAUGUUCUUUGAGAGCCGAUACCGCUUUGCCUGGUUUCUCUCUUCUCACACCGACGUGGUGCUGUCGCACCAGUGGGGCUGCGCUCUAAACUAUCUGUAUAUUGAAGCCCUCUACGCUGGCUAUCCACUGGUUCACAACUCACCCUACUUUCAGGCCAAAGUGUGCGUAUGGCGGCAUAGCCCCUUCAACCCGGACAACGUGUAUGAGUGGGAGCACCUGCUGGACGAAGUAUACGAGCGGCCCUGGUCAAGCGUUGAGCGGGAUCGUCUUGCCUCGAAGCCACCAGCUGCGUGACGCCAUCAACUCUGCUUGGAUUGACCGUCCAUGGUUGCAAUUCGACGACCUUGCUGCCUUUUCAAGUGCGCUUUGCGCUCAUCCUCCUCUUUCCCCCAUGCCGACGAACUGAAUUGAUCUUCUAUAAGACUCGGUCCAUACGUGUGUGUGUGUGUGUGUGUGUGUGUGUGUGUGCGUGCGUCAGAUGCAAGGUGUCACGAUACAUGUGCAUAAGUUAAUGCAUCUUACUAAGCAGUAAUUGUAGUAGUCACUAAUGUUCCAACGGUUUUAUAAGCCUGGUUUCCUUCGCAAUUGAGGCACUUAUCGU